AUGUCGUCCCGAAGACCAGACAACAACCCCUCUUCCAGCCACCAGCCAGUCCCAGCGAGGGGUGGCCGCGAUAAUCAAGGCUCGUCUGGUGAUCAAAGGCUCGCCUAUUACCGAUCUAACACCAGCAGGCUGCUCGAGUUUCUCAAGCAGAGCGACCAGGACUCGCUCGACCGCUUCAUCUCCGUCGUCCGCUCGGGCGCCUCGCACGACGAUAUCUUCGCCACCAUCGAGCAACUGUUCCCGGGUCCUGGCCAGGCGGAUAGCCAGCGAAAUGGUCUAUCCAGAUAG